ACAUGUGGCGGCGGAUGCUGAGAUCGUGGACGAGUUAAUCAUCUCUCCACAUGCCGACAACACUCUGCAGUCAGCAGAAAGAUGUCCUAAUAUGGGUUGGUCAUGCGUGGUGGCACGCGCCGUGGCCCUUGUACUAAUGCUGAGCGGCGCGUCGCAAGUCUCCGCGCUCACCUCGGACAUCUUUGCAGCGGGAAAGUCGGACAAAGAGAUACUGGACAAUCUACUAAAAAACUCCCGCUAUGACAAAAGACUGCUGCCACCAGUAGAUGGUGUCCUCACCGUAAAUGUUAGCGUGCUACUUCUUAGUUUAGCAUCUCCAGACGAAUCUAGCCUUAAAUACGAGGUUGAAUUCCUUCUUCAGCAGCAGUGGUACGAUCCUCGACUGCGUUACUCAAAUCAAUCUCAUUACGACUUUUUAAAUGCCAUCCAUCACCAUGAGGACAUCUGGUUGCCGGACACUUAUUUUAUAAUGCACGGUGAUUUUAAGGAUCCAAUAAUACCGAUGCAUUUUGCAUUGAGAAUUUACCGCAAUGGUACAAUCAACUAUUUAAUGCGACGGCAUCUUAUUUUGUCCUGUCAGGGGCGGCUCAACAUAUUUCCAUUUGAUGACCCAUUGUGUUCAUUUGCUUUAGAAAGUAUAUCGUACGAGCAAUCUGCCAUUACUUACGUGUGGAAGAAUGAUGAAGAUACUCUACGAAAGUCUCCGUCGCUAACAACUCUCAAUGCAUAUCUUAUACAAAACCAAACCAUUCCCUGUCCGAUUAAGGCGAGCUGGAGAGCUGACGGUAUUUCACUUUACGAGGACGAUGAAGAGCUGACAUGUAAUCUUUGCCAGAGACGCUUUGAGGAGCAAGGUAACUACAGCUGUCUAAAGGUGGAUCUAAUUUUCACCAGAGACCGAGCGUUCUACUUUACCACAGUGUUUAUUCCUGGAAUAAUUCUGGUGACCUCCUCUUUCAUCACAUUCUGGCUGGAAUGGAACGCUGUGCCGGCCCGUUCCAUGAUAGGUAAUUACAGCUGUCUGAAAGUGGAUCUCAUCUUCACACGAGAUAGAUCAUUUUACUUUACCACAGUUUUCAUUCCGGGAAUUAUUUUGGUGACAUCAUCCUUUAUUACUUUUUGGCUGGAAUGGAAUGCAGUGCCCGCUAGAGUAAUGAUAGGGGUGACCACAAUGUUGAACUUUUUCACAACAUCCAACGGUUUCCGAUCAACGUUGCCCGUCGUGUCAAAUCUCACAGCGAUGAAUGUAUGGGAUGGAGUUUGUAUGUGCUUCAUCUACGCAUCGCUGCUAGAGUUUGUCUGCGUCAACUACGUAGGCAGGAAAAGGCCCCUGCAUAACGUUGUUUAUCGACCAGGAGAGAAUCCUGUCACCCAGCCUGGUGACAAAAAGCGUGAGUCGACGGGCGCUGCCGAUCUCGUGUCUUGCGCGACGUGCGCGGGCCCGCCCGGUUCCUGUACGCACACCGCCAACAACGGCGGAGUGGCCGAGCCAUGUUUCGUCCAGGUCCGCAAAAAAGAGCCUCCUCACCCGAUCCGCGUAGCGAAGACCAUCGAUGUGAUCGCUCGCAUCACCUUCCCCACUGCGUACGCGGUCUUUCUUAUCUUCUUCUUCAUUCACUACAAAGCCUUCUCUUAAUGCCGCCUUUUCCGCUACCCGCUGCAAAUUGCUUUUAUAAAGUGGACAAUUUUUAGUCUCUACAUAUUUUGUAUUCCUUACUUUCGUCACGGCUACGUAAGUACGAAGAGAAGCUAAACCACACGCGAUACCUAACGAGAUAUUUUUGAUGAAUUUCAAUAUUAAAUAAGAAAUUGUGAUUGACAUUGUUUAAGAUAUUUAAGUCAAUAAUAUAGUUUUAAGUGAAUAUAAAUUAGUGCAAAAGACUACAGUUGCAGCUUAAAGUUGAUGGAUAUGAUAAUGCCUGAGAUUUUUCUACGAGUUUUGAAAUAGGUUUUAAAAUGUUCUUAUCGAUGGACGUUAGAGAAAAACGUGACGAUGAAUACUUAAAUACAAUAUAAGAGAGACUAAAGAGGGAUCAAACACAAAGAAAUUUAUUCUCAAUUACGUUGUGAUGAAUUAGACAAGGAUAGAACAUUAAGGUCGGAAUGCGAUAAAACCGACAUCGUAAAUAACAUUUAAAAAUAAAUCUAUUUCAAAUCUUAAAACAGUCCAAUUAUUAUGAAAAAUCUCUCAUGCUCAUAGAUCAUAGAAUAAGAGUAGAAAUACGUUAUAAAUUUUAUAUGCCAUAGACAAAUCACUUUAGAUAUGUAGAUCAUUCAUUCUAUUAUAAUCACGUUCGUUGUGAUCUAUUGUUUCGUGUAUUAUUUAAAAGUUGCUUUAUAGAAGUGAAGCUAUAUUAAAGAAUGUAUUCAAUUAGAUGUAGAUUAUAAAGCUCAAAAUGUAAUUAUAUCUGUAAAGUCUGAUAUACUUCAAAUAGGACACUGAAUUGUUAAAUGUUGCCACCCAAAUCACUUGUUGCCGUUUUGUUUUGUUUAAUCCAUAAAUAUCUGCGAUCCGAGCGUCAUUUGUUACCAAAUCCCAAGUAGUUAAUAAUAAUGUCCAGCAUUCACAUCUAGCAUUCACAUCUAGCAGAAAUCAAUGAAAUUUUUUAUUCAGGGAAAAGUGUCAUGAAUGGGGGCACCAUAUUGGGGUGUGUAUGUGAAACCAAUUUAACUGCCAACAGAUACCUAAUGUCCUGAUAUUAACUGUAGGUAUUGUAGAUGUAAGGGCCUUUCAAAUAUGUAUAAAGAAAAUGUUUUGGCAUAAAAUAUAACUCUCUUGUAUUCACUUAGUACUUCAAUUUGAAAAAAUAUAUUUUAGAGGUUGGAUUUUUACUUUUAUUCAUU